UCAUUAUUAUUAUCUGUGCAAGUUGAAUAAAAAGCGUGUCUUACUUUAAAUAGCUGUAGAGUCUAUGUUAUCUGUAUCUGCAUUACACAGUCUUACACCUGAGCGUGCCCCAUUACCUAACGAAAAGUUUGGACACGCAACACAGCGAUUGGCUACAGCUGUAUAUGAAGCCUGCCAAAAAGUAUUGCCAGCGUUGGCUUUUACACCAAUCAGAGGAGGCGCGUGGACGAUCAGUACUGAAUACAGCUCCCAGCCCCUCCUCCAGCUCCGUCUGGGUAACUCAUUCAUGGUAUAGGAUCUUGAAAGCAUCAUUUGGAGCACUUGGUCCAUGCAUUCGGUUAACUGUUUUUCGUCUAUCAGUCCGUUCGAUCCUGGACCAGAAGGCACGACGAACCUUCGUUCAUUGCAGGAUAAGCUGAAAGGGUGUGCAUGUAUGUGUAUAAGAACUAUAAUUUGUACGAGUGAUUCUUUCCCGGACAGUUUACGUGUGCGUGUGUGCUGUCUUCAUACGUGUACACGUAUGUAUGCAUGAAUGUAUGCAUGCAUGUAUGUCUUCAACAAAACAGGUGAUCCUUGUUAGCAGUCGAACCGACAUUUGGACGCAUUCCUACUUUUUGGUUUAACAAUGACUACACCUCAAAGGAAGAUAAAUCAGUUGCAUAUAUUUUUACUUCAGGAGAACUUUUAAAGGCGAACAGGAGAAAAUUACUGAUUCUGGACAGAUCUGAUAUUUCAGAAAUUCAACAGCCUUUUCUUCGCGCUCGUAUAAAACAGAAAUCAACAGCACUGAACUUUUUGGGAUCCACAGUUCUGCCAACAUUUUUAUUUAGAUUGCAUUUAAUUAACAAUUUGCUUUUGUUUAUUCACACUCUUUUUGAACCAAAGUAGCAAAAUCUGCAUUGUUGUGUUGGUAAGUUAAAUGUUCGGGAUUCAAGAACAACUGAUCAGAGAAGUGAACGGAAUAAAAGAAAAUCAUCUUGGCUUGGAGAUGGAGUCUGUCCGGUCCUGGGUACGGAAUGUCGGAGUUGUGGAUGCGAACGUCGCGGCGCAAAGUGGAGUGGCCCUGUCCCGGGCCCAUUUUGAGAAGCAGCCCCCGUCCAACCUGCGGAAAUCCAACUUCUUCCACUUUGUCCUGGCUCUGUAUGACAGACACGGGCAGCCAGUGGAGGUGGAGAGGACGGCCUUCGUGGACUUUGUGGAGCAUGAGAAGGAACAGACAGGAGAGAAGACAAACAACGGGACUCAUUACAAACUUCAGCUCCUGUACAGCAAUGGAGUGCGGACAGAGCAGGACCUGUACGCACGACUCAUUGACUCAGUCACAAAACAGCCCAUCGCUUAUGAAGGUCAGAAUAAAAACCCAGAGAUGUGCAGGGUCCUGCUCACCCAUGAAGUUAUGUGCAGCCGCUGUUGUGAGAAGAAGAGCUGUGGCAACCGUAACGAGACCCCCUCGGACCCGGUCAUCAUCGACAGGUUCUUCUUGAAGUUUUUCCUGAAGUGUAACCAGAACUGUCUGAAGACAGCAGGAAACCCAAGAGACAUGAGAAGGUUUCAGGUGGUCCUGUCCAGUACGGUGAGCGUGGAUGGGCACGUCCUGGCCGUGUCUGAUAACAUGUUCGUCCACAACAACUCCAAACACGGACGGAGAGCUCGCAGGCUGGAGCCGGGCGAGAGUGCGGAGAGCAACAUGGAGUACGCCACCCCCUGCAUCAAAGCCAUCAGUCCCAGCGAGGGCUGGACAACAGGGGGCGCUAUGGUCAUCGUCAUCGGGGAGAACUUUUUCGACGGGCUCCAGGUGGUGUUUGGGAGCAUGUUGGUGUGGAGUGAGCUGAUCACGCCGCAUGCCAUACGCGUCCAGACGCCCCCCCGGCACAUCCCGGGGGUGGUGGAGGUCACGCUGUCCUACAAGUCCAAGCAGUUCUGCAAGGGCGUGCCCGGCCGCUUCAUCUACACAGCUCUGAAUGAACCCACGAUCGACUAUGGGUUCCAGAGGCUGCAGAAGGUCAUUCCCAGGCACCCCGGUGACCCCGAGAAACUGGCCAAGGAGAUGUUACUAAAGAGAGCUGCUGACUUGGUUGAAGCCCUGUAUGGAAACCCACACAGUAAUCAGGACAUGCUGUUGAAGCGGGCGGCCGACAUCGCCGAGGCGCUGUACAGUGUGCCCCGCCCCCACAGCCAGCUGCAGGCCCUGCCCAGCUCCCCCGCCCACGGCAGCGUGAUGGGCAUCGGCUCGUACCCCUCCCAGCUGGGCGUCAGCAUCGGGGAGCCGGGACAGGCCAGCGCGCAGGGUUACAUCCGUAACUCCAGCAGCUUGUCUCCGCGGGGCUACCCCUCCGCCUCCACCCCCCAGCAGUCUGGUUACGGGGGUGGCGGGGGCAUGAGUGGGGGGUAUGGGGCUGUGCCCAUGUCCAGUCUGGGGGUGCCGGGGUCCCCCGGUUUCAGCAGCGCUUCUCCCACCAGCUCGCCCUACGGCAUCAUGCCCUCCAGCCCCACGAUCCCGGGUUCGAGCUCCUCCUCCUCCCUCCUGCCCUUCUCCUCCUUCCCCUCCUCCGCCAAGCAGAAGAGCGCUUUCGCCCCGGUCCUGAGGCCGCAGGGGUCCCCCUCCCCCGCCUGCCCCGUCUCCGGGGGCAACAGCUUCAGAGCGAUGACAGGCCUGGUUGUCCCUCCGAUGUAGCAGAAGAGACCCCCCCCCACACCCCCCCAUACCCCCCCAUCCUGAUCCAACACCACUCUCCAAAACCUCUUUCUGCCUGGGGAGGUCGUGGAUGCACUUGGGACCCCAACGGCAAACUGAGCUUUCCGCAUAAUUCCCACAAGCCCCUGUUUCUCCCAGCAUCCCCGCCCCUCUGCUCCCUGAACACCCGCCUCUUCGCCUUAGCCGAUUGGUAAAGACGAGACGUCAACAGACGGAUCGGCCACACCGAUUGGACGGAAUGCAGGACGGAAGCAUAAAGAGGGGACCAAUCCAACGGGGUUGGGCGUUCAGUCCAGCACCGAUACAGAGAUGCAGCCUGUUGAGCAGGAUCUCCCGAGGCCACCGUCCAGGGAACUGUCCAGAGAGAGCCUGCAUCAGGGCAUCGUCAGCUGAACAUUCCAGUGACCUUUCACCUUUGACCCCGAACACGCCCCUCCAGCCUGAUGCACGGAGACCCACGCCAGCAGAGCCGCUUGCCGUACGAGCAGCCGUGCGACACCGCGGCGUUCUGGUUUUAGCUGAGCCGCGGCAAAAAGAAGAUGGCGGCCUGUUGCAUCCGGUUCGGUCUUGUGCCGGCAGACGCUCACAGCAGUGCACGGUGACUCUUUGAAAAGCAGGGUGCCAUUUCUCUUUACUCGCCCAAAAAAGGACGCUGUUGGUGCUUUUGUAAAGACGUUACUGGUGCGAGAAAUCCUGGUUCAUGAAAUAGACCUUGGAGGUGAUUUACAUUCUGUGGCAGAGGAUCAUUUUUCUUUUCUUUUCAGGCUCGGUCUCUUAAGUUUAUACAGAAAGAACUCUUAAUCCUGCUGUUGCAGGCCUGAAAAUAGACUACAUCCUAUAUCGAUUUAUUUAAGAAAAAAAAAACAACCAAUUUAACUUAUUAUUAUAGUUAGGAUUAGGAAUAAUAUAAACGUCUUUCAUUCCUUUUGUAAUUGUUAUGAUUAUUGUUGUUGUUAUGAUUAUGUUAUUAUUACAUUGACAUUAUUAUUGUUGUUUCUCAUUCAAUAUCACAAUAAGCUCACAGAUUAUGCCUAAGAAGACAGAUGCUGAGAUAUAGAAAAUGAGGAGGACAGACUCAAAAAAAAAAGGGAAAAAGGUUAAUGACUUCUGCAUUUUAAAAACUUUUGUCAUGUGUUUUUGGUUUUGAAUAAUGACUGCUCCGCUCUGUGUAAUGAGUGAUGACAGCGCAGGAGACUUCUUUGGCGGUAAAACCAUGGUUCCCCCCCUCCCCCUCCCUCUCCCCCCGCGUCCUCCCUCCGAGUCUCAGGAGGGUCACGUGUUCCCCCGCUGUACGUUUGUUGUUUAUGCAUGCCAUUCCAAAAGCACAUUCCUUUCAUCCUUCUUUCGCCUUGUGUUGCAAAAUAUGAAUGAUUGUUUUUUUGUUUUUUUAAUGAUGGUAAUGUGUAAUCAUACCUCACUUGAUUUUAUAUUGUUUCCCAGUUGUUCAGUCUCUAUGCAGUACACUAAGAAGCACAAGUAAGAAAUGAAUAAGACACAAUGUAUAAUUUUUUUUUUAAAAAGCAGCUCACUUCGGUCGGUGCCAUGGUACAAAGCAACGUUGAGGACGGUCUCUCAAAAAUGUCAUUUGUAUGUAUGGAGGUGUAAUGACUUUUUUUUUCUUCCAAAUAAAACAAAAAUGUGUUUUAAGAAAUCA